UGAGAGCGGCGAGGCGGCGGGUGUGAGCGAGAGCGGUGGCCGCCGUACGGGUCGCUUCGGUGCCGCUGUCCGCUGCGCUGCCUCCGCCCUCGCCGCGCGCCACCGCCUGCGGGACCCUGUGGAGCUCCCAGCGCCCCUCACGGGGCAGAGGAGUCGAGACUAGGGGAGCCGGCGCAGAGGGAGGAGCCGGGUCGGAGCUGCCGAGCCCAAGGCCCCCGGGCGUGGAGGUGGGGGGCUGAGGCCCCCGAGGGGGCCCCGCCGCGAUGGGCAACCUGGAGAGCGCCGAGGGGGGCCCGGGCGAGCCGCCUUCAGUCUCGCUGCUGCCGCCGCCCGGCAAGAUGCCGAUGCCUGAGCCCUGUGAACUGGAAGAGAGGUUCGCCCUGGUGCUGAGCUCCAUGAACCUGCCUCCUGACAAGGCCCGGCUCCUGCGGCAGUAUGACAAUGAGAAGAAGUGGGAUCUGAUCUGUGACCAGGAGCGGUUCCAGGUGAAGAAUCCUCCCCACACUUACAUCCAGAAACUCCAGAGCUUCUUGGACCCCAGCGUAACUCGGAAGAAGUUCAGGAGGAGAGUUCAGGAGUCAACCAAAGUACUGAGGGAGCUGGAGAUCUCACUUCGUACCAACCACAUUGGGUGGGUGCGAGAGUUUCUGAAUGAUGAGAACAAAGGCCUGGAUGUGCUGGUGGAUUACCUGUCCUUUGCCCAAUGUUCUGUCAUGUUUGACUUUGAGGGUCUGGAGAGUGGUGACGAUGGCGCAUUUGACAAGCUCCGGUCCUGGAGCAGGUCUAUCGAGGACCUGCAGCCACCCAGCGCCCUGUCAGCCCCCUUCACCAACAGCCUCGCUCGCUCUGCGCGCCAGUCUGUGCUCCGGUAUAGCACUCUCCCUGGGCGCAGGGCCCUGAAGAACUCCCGCCUGGUGAGCCAGAAGGAUGACGUCCACGUCUGUAUCCUCUGUCUCAGAGCCAUCAUGAACUAUCAGUACGGAUUCAACCUGGUCAUGUCCCACCCCCAUGCUGUCAAUGAGAUUGCACUCAGUCUCAACAACAAGAAUCCAAGGACCAAAGCCCUUGUCUUGGAGCUCUUGGCAGCCGUGUGUUUGGUGCGGGGAGGUCAUGAAAUCAUUCUUGCUGCCUUUGACAAUUUCAAAGAGGUAUGCAAGGAGCUGCACCGCUUUGAGAAGCUGAUGGAGUAUUUCCGGAAUGAGGAUAGCAACAUCGACUUCAUGGUGGCAUGCAUGCAGUUUAUCAACAUCGUGGUGCACUCAGUAGAGGAUAUGAACUUCCGGGUCCACCUGCAGUAUGAGUUUACCAAGCUGGGGCUGGAGGAGUUCCUGCAGAAGUCAAGACACACAGAGAGUGAGAAGCUGCAGGUGCAGAUCCAGGCAUACCUGGACAAUGUGUUUGAUGUGGGAGGUUUGUUGGAGGAUGCUGAGACCAAGAACGUGGCCCUGGAGAAGGUGGAGGAGCUGGAAGAACAUGUUUCCCAUCUCACGGAGAAGCUUCUGGACCUAGAGAACGAGAACAUGAUGCGUGUGGCAGAGCUAGAGAAGCAGCUGCUGCAGCGGGAAAAGGAACUAGAGAGCAUCAAGGAGACUUACGAGAACACGAGCCACCAGGUACACACCCUGAGGCGGCUCAUUAAAGAGAAGGAGGAGGCCUUCCAGCGCAGAUGCCACUUAGAGCCCGGGGCCCGGGGCCUGGAGUCAGUGGGCAGUGAGGCCCUGGCCCGGGUAGGCCCUGCAGAGCUGAGUGAGGGCAUGCUGCCCUCCGACCUGGACCUCCUGGCUCCAGCCCCACCACCCGAGGAGUCCCUGCCUCUGCCUCCACCGCCAGCUCCUCCCCUGCCCCCUCCACCACCCCCAUUACCAGACAAGUGUCCCCCAGCCCCACCUCUCCCUGGUGCUGCUCCCUCUGUGGUAUUGACAGUAGGCCUGUCAGCCAUUCGUAUCAAGAAACCUAUCAAGACCAAGUUCCGGCUGCCUGUCUUCAACUGGACAGCACUGAAACCCAACCAGAUCAGCGGCACUGUCUUCAGUGAACUUGAUGACGAGAAGAUCUUGGAGGAUCUGGACCUGGACAAAUUUGAAGAACUGUUCAAGACGAAAGCCCAGGGCCCUGCCCUUGAUCUCAUCUGCUCUAAGAACAAGACAGCGCAAAAGGCCGCCAGCAAGGUGACCCUGUUGGAAGCCAAUCGUGCCAAGAACCUAGCCAUCACCCUACGCAAGGCUGGCCGCUCGGCCGAGGAGAUCUGCAGGGCCAUCCACACGUUUGACCUACAGACCCUACCAGUGGACUUUGUGGAGUGCCUGAUGCGCUUCCUGCCCACAGAGGCUGAGGUGAAGCUUCUGAGGCAAUACGAGCGGGAGCGGCAGCCCCUGGAGGAGCUGGCGGCCGAGGACCGCUUCAUGCUGCUCUUCAGCAAGGUGGAGCGGCUAACCCAGAGGAUGGCUGGCAUGGCCUUCCUGGGCAACUUCCAAGACAACCUGCAGAUGCUCACGCCGCAACUCAAUGCCAUCAUUGCAGCCUCUGCCUCUGUCAAGUCCUCACAGAAGCUGAAGCAGAUGUUGGAGAUCAUACUUGCACUAGGGAACUACAUGAACAGCAGCAAGCGAGGAGCUGUGUACGGCUUCAAGCUCCAGAGCUUGGAUCUGCUGCUGGAUACCAAGUCCACUGACAGGAAGAUGACACUGCUGCAUUUCAUCGCAUUGACGGUGAAGGAGAAGUACCCAGACCUGGCCAACUUCUGGCAUGAGCUACACUUUGUGGAGAAGGCUGCAGCAGUGUCCCUGGAGAAUGUGCUGCUAGAUGUGAAGGAGCUGGGCCGUGGCAUGGAGCUGAUUCGGCGGGAGUGCAGCAUACAUGACAACAGUGUCCUUCGGAACUUCCUCAGCACCAACGAAGGCAAACUGGACAAGCUCCAGCGUGAUGCCAAGACGGCUGAGGAGGCCUACAAUGCAGUUGUGCGCUACUUCGGUGAGAGUCCCAAGACCACACCCCCUUCUGUAUUCUUCCCGGUAUUUGUCCGAUUCAUUCGUUCUUACAAGGAAGCAGAACAAGAGAACGAAGCUAGAAAGAAGCAGGAGGAGGUAAUGCGGGAGAAGCAGCUGGCUCAGGAAGCCAAGAAACUGGAUGCCAAGACCCCCUCCCAGCGGAACAAGUGGCAACAGCAGGAGCUAAUUGCAGAGUUGAGGAGGCGCCAGGCCAAGGAGCAUCGGCCUGUUUACGAAGGGAAGGACGGUACCAUUGAAGACAUCAUUACAGGCCUCCACCGCCAGCCCAUUGUCGUUCGCCACCAAGCCAGGAGUGCCGCACCACCCAACGGCCCCCCUCGGGCUCCAGGCCCCCACUAAGGCCCUCUUGGUGGCAGAAGCACUUCAACUCCCAGAGUCCUGCAAGUCCAACCCGUGGACCUGGAGCCCUGGAAUUGGCUGAGGGUGCAGCAGAGAGCUAUGCUGCUUUCAACCCAGCGUCUACCCCAGCGCUCAGAGCUGCGCGUGCCUGAUGUCAGGGGCACUGGGCCUGACACUCCCCUGGUGCCUCUAGUACUGCACUUUGCCCCCAGGGUCUUCUUUUCCUAAAAGGUCACCAAUGGUCAGCGCAGGGCUGGGAAAAAUCAUUUCCAGCCUUAGCCGAUACAGGGGCCCCUAGGCCCUCUAUCACUAGGCCAGAAGGACAAAAGGAGAAAGCGACUAUUCCUUCUGUUUUUCCCCUUCCAUUUUGCAGCUCUGUGGUCAGCUGUGGUCUGGAAGUAUCCACACUUAGGGAGCUCCAGUACCCUUCCAGUCACAGAUCAUAUUUUACCAGGAGCAAGGCCCACCUAAGCCUGGGCCCCACCCAGCUGUGCCCCGGUGAUAAGGGUAGAGGAGAGAUGCCAUGCCACGCUUACUGCCCUUGGCCCUUUCCACUCUAGGCUGACUCUGUUCUUGUCGAGGUGGGCAGAAGGGUAGAGGUUUUCCCAGCCCCAACCCCAGGAUAGCUAGAGAAAGGGUGUGAUAUCAGCAUCCUCACUUCCUUUCCACAGCAAGGGUUUUUUUUUGUUUUUUGGGUUGUUUUUUUUUUUUUUUUUUGUUUUUUUUUUUUUUGGCAGGGGACAGGGGGCAUGGUGGUCUUAGCUAUUUUCUCAGUCUCCUGCCAGUUUCUUCUCAGCCCCUGGAGGGGAAUACAGGGAGCCACUUCUUUUUGUACAUGUACCACCUCCCUUCUCCCGUGUACAUAAAUCCCAGACCUUCUUUCUCAACAAAGGCUUGAAGCACCA